UGUACCCAUGCCCAGUAUAUACUGUGCCAUCAGCCGUUGCACGCAGCUGCUCGAUGCGAGACAAGAUCUGCAGUCAUUGAUUACAAUUGUAGCUCUCGCUGGUUCUCGGAUAUCGCCACCUCCAUACCUGCACGGGUUGUAAUGCUCCACCUCCGACGGUCGUGAAAUAUUAUUUUUUUUUGUCCUAUUGGCUAUUGUCCACCGUGACGUCCGAAGUAAUUCAGUUCACCCCUGGUGAGUAGCUACUAGUAUUACUAUUACUAUUAGUAACGAUGCUGACAAAAGUAUCAGGAGUUGAACACUGAGCAGAUAAAUCAACGACUGGACAGCAUCUCUCCAGCACUGAAGACGGACACAGGAGGUGGUGGAGAUCAGUCUUGCUGAAGAGAAUACACCAACACAGCAUGUUUGCUUCAAAGUUACAUGGCAAUCUCAAGAGUGUCGGUUACUUUGUUCAGCAUGGCUAUGGUGUGAGCACAGUAGCCUCGUCAAAACUCAAUGUUACUGGCAAGUUGAUAUCCACUCCGGCAUCACCACACUCCAUUCCAGGUGUGAGGUAUCAGUCAAUUCGGCCUGGCUAUCAUGGCACUACUGUACGAGAUGCCUAUAACGCAAUUAGAUCAAUCUUCUAUAGAAUUCACAAGACACGCACAUUUCAAGCUAUUGAUUUGAUAUCUCAAUGUGCUCUUAUUCAACGGCAUGUAACUGAACUGCAGAGUCUAACCAAGGUUAUGAGUAUCCUACAGGCUUGUGCUCUGGUCACGGAGGAGAACACUGACGUGACCAAGUUGGCAGUAUCUGCACUGCAUCAACUAGCCAGUCUACCCACUGAUAUCUGGCGAGAUUACAAGAAUCAAGAGCACCUGAGAUGGGUACUGCAUUGGGCAGCAAAGUGUCGCUGUACAAGUCCAGAUUUCAGGAAGUUACUUCAGCAGCAGCUUGAUGUCCUGUGCCUUGAUCAAUGCAGAUGUGUUGACCAUUGUGCCCAUGCACUGUUCAUAUUGAAUUCACCAGACCGUUGCCUGGCGCGAAACUUGAUGAAUCGCUAUGUUACCAUCCAGAGUACAGGUGAUCCCAAGUAUCGUCAUACUGAAGUACUCUCACUACUUCUCUACUGUACACUGUGUGGUGUAGAGUGCAGUGCCUUGCUGAAGCUGAUCAGUGUUGAUCAACUGAUACAGAAAUGCGAUGGCACACACCUGCAACUGCUACUUUUGCACAACACUCUCCCUGUUACUGCUAAUCAACGACAACAGAUAAUGGACAAGUGUUCAGUGAGGUUCCAGGAUAAUGUGAAAAGUCAGCAAUCAGGUCGAAUGUAUGACAUGCUGUCAUACUUCAUUGGUCCAAAGUAUACCACUGGCUUAUCUUCGGUUGAUGGUGUGGAAAUUCAGGCAUUGUGCAUAUACAACCAAGACCAUGAACCAGUGGAGACUGACGCGUAUCCAGCUAAUGUAUACAAUGGUGUAUCAGUAGAUAUGACUGCAGCUACACGUCAUGGUUUCAGUGUUGUGGCCUGCCGGGGUGUGAACGAUACUCUACUACUACGUCAUCCAGGUCAUGUUCCCAAUGGUUAUCUUGUUCUUGAAGCAUCGGCACUGAAGUGGCAAGGAUGCUACUGUAUUCCGAUGAUCCUUGAACACGGGGCAGCAAAGACCCAGAAAAGUAGCCGAUUUGUUCCUGAUCUUAUGAUCAAUUAUCCCGAUCACAUUCCAGUAUUCAAACAUCUACUGGCACCCAAGCAGUGAUGGUCACUGGCAGUCACAUCUUACAGCGUACUUUGACACCGUCCUUUGUUUUGGAAGAGACUCCGAGCUUGCUAGGUGGAUGUCGUAUCAUUACCAAGCACACCAAUGCACAGGACCAGUUGAUCUUGAACUUGAGCGGGGGAAGCAAGUAUUCUAUCUAGUCCUGCACACUACUGUACAGUCUUUCUCUGCUCUGAAUUGAUGUCUGCGCUUAUUGGAAUUUGGAACGGCCAAGGCAGUGCCAAACAAUUUUUACACAUGCAUGUAAUUCUUGAUGCAAGACAAUUUUGUUACACUUCAUCUUGCCCGGAAUUGCUCUCACCGAUGACUUUCACGGUCGGUCAUUCUGGUGUAUUGUAGAUGAUGUGACUUUUGACUGAAGCUACAGGUGGUACUUGCACCAAGUGAAGCUUUGCCUCAGUGCCCUGCAAAGCAGAGUCAAAUAGAAUAACUACUGACUAUUGUAUUUCUCAACGUAGCCGCUUACGACCUCGUCACAGUUUCUGUUCUUCUCAUAUGUACAUUGCUUGCUGACUGCCGCAUCUGUUGUAAUCCCAAACAUGUGUGCUGUCUCCUGGCUCAUUUUGAAACAUGGUUAACGUCAGUAUUGUUAUAAUGUAUGCUGAUAAUACUACAAAUCAUUGUUUUCAACUUUUUACGUUACU